AUGAACCAACAAACCAAAAGCACCCAAUAUCCCAAAUACAACAUCAACAAUAACUGUCGAACCAACCACAACGACAACAACAACAGUCGAACCAACCACAACGACAACAACAACAGUCGAACCAACCACAACGACAACAACAACAGUCGAGCCAACCACAACGACAACAACAACAGUCGAACCAACCACAACGACGACAACAACAGUCGAACCAACACCAACUUCAACAUUCGAACCAUCAACAACAGUCGAACCAACACCAACAACAACAGUCAAAACAACAACAACAGUCGAGCCAACAACAACAGUCGAAACAACACCAACAACAACAGUCAAACCAACAUCAACAACAGCAGUCAAACCAACAACAACAGUCGAACCAACACCAACAACAACAGUCAAACCAACACCAACAACAACAAGGGAACCAACACCAACAACAACAGUCAAACCAACAACAACAACAACAGUCGAACCAAUUCCAACAACUACAGUCGAACCAACAACAACAGUCGAACCAACACCAACAACAACAGUCGAACCAUCAACAACAGUCGAACCAACACCAACAACAACAGUCAAACCAACACCAACAACAACAGUCAAACCAACAACAACAGUCGAACCAACAACAACAGUCGAACCAACACCAACAACAACAGUCAAACCAACAACAACAGUCGAACCAACAACAACAGUCGAACCAACACCAACAACAACAGUCGAACCAACAACAACAGUCGAACCAACAACAACAGUCGAACCAACACCAACAACAACAGUCAAACCAACAACAACAGUCGAACCAACAACAACAGUCGAACCAACACCAACAACAACAGUCGAACCAACAACAACAGUCGAACCAACAACAACAGUCGAACCAACACCAACAACAACAUCGAACCAACAACAACAGUCAAACCAACAUCAACAACAACAGUCAAACCAACACCAGCAACAACAGUCGAACCAACACCAACAACAACAGUCAAACCAACACCAACAACAACAGUCAAACCAACAACAACAGUCGAACCAACAACAACCGUGGAACCAACCACAACAAGAACAGUCGAAACAACCACAACAGUCGAACCAACAACAACGACAACAACAACUGUCGAACCAACAAGAACGACAACAACAACAGUCGAACCAACAACAAUGACAACAACAACAGUCGAACCAACAGCAACAACAGUUGAACCAACAGCAACAACAGUUGAACCAACAACAACGACAACAACCGCAACAACGCGAGCAAGAACUUUAGAAGCAACAACGCCAGAAGAAGUAUCAACAACAACAACACCAACAACAACAACAACGCCAAAAAAGUGCCCUGUUUGUGGGGUUAGAAAUAUAGGAAGGAAUCGUGUAGUGGGAGGACAAAAUGCAGAGGUAAAAAUAUAAGGAUUUUUUUUCUUAAAGGGACUUUGAUGUAAUUUCUUUUCUUUCUUACGAACCGGGGGCAUGCCUUCUACACAACACCAACGGUACUAGGGUUUCUAACAGAA